AUGCAUUUAGCAUUAGGCUCCAGUUUGGCAACUCGGCAGCAACUGCAAAUCGUGAUGGAGAGUCUAGAGAAACAGCUGCUGUGUCCCAUCUGUUUGGAGAUUUUCUCCAAACCGGUGGUGAUCUUACCAUGUCAACACAACCUGUGUCGCAAGUGCGCCAAUGACGUCUUCCAGGCGGCCAAUCCCUACCUGAGUUCCAGAGGGGGCUCGACGGCGCCAUCUGGCGGCCGAUUCCGCUGCCCGUCGUGCCGCCACGAGGUUGUCCUGGAUCGGCACGGUGUCUUCGGGCUCCAGAGGAACCUGCUGGUGGAGAACAUCAUCGACAUGUUCAAACAAGGAAGCGCUAGCAGAAAGGAGACAUCACCACCCGCAAUCGAGGUGGAGCAUCCUGUGUGCGAGCAUCACGACCAGGAGAAGAUCAACAUCUACUGCCUGAGUUGCGGCAUCCCCACCUGUUCCCUCUGCAAGGUGUUUGGCGCCCACAAAGACUGCAGGGUGGCGCCACUUGAUGUGGUCUUUGCCAAACAGAAGGCCGAGCUAAGUGAGUGCAUCGCCGCACUGGUGGGCGCCAAUGAGAGGAUCCGGGCUGUCAUGGGGCAACUGGACGACACCCGCCGAGCGCUGGAUGACAACGGACGCCGACAAAAGUCCAAGGUGUGUGAGUCCUUCGACCGCCUCUUUGCCGUCCUGGAGGCACGGAAGGGCGAGCUGGACGCCCGCAUCGGCGCCGAGCAGCAGGAAAAACUGGACUACAUGGCUGGACUGCGCAGGAAGUACAAGCGGCACCUGGAGAACACCGCCGAAUUGCUGGAGAACGCAAUGUCGGCUAAUGAGAGGGCUGAGAUGGCCGCCUUCCUGCAGGACAGCAAGCCCCUGCUGCAAAAGAUGGCGGUGGGAAGCGACACGUCCAACUUGGAAAAAGUUCAGUCGGGAUACGAGAAGAUGGAACACUUUCGAGCCAACUUCCAGCGCCAGAAAAGGGCGCUGAUGGCAGUCUGCUUCCUUCAAACAGGCUGUAGCCGCCCAGCAGACGGUGGCGAUGUCAGGGGUGCCACAGAGGACCGAUUGGUGGAGGAUAACGCUCGGAAAAUGGUUGGAAUGAUGGUGCCACCUUCGGAAGCCCCGCCUCUUGCUAAAGCUCCUCCUCCAUUGCCUCUAGAGGCCACACCCGCUGCCAAAACUCCUCCACCUGAUCUGGCGGCCCCACAGGCGGAGUCCCAGCGUGUCGACGACGCAACCGCGCCGGCACGAAGAGCUGGGUCCUCAGGCAGCCGGGCGGUUGACAACAGAAAAGCAGACAGACGUCCUGCGGAGGUCCGAGCCGAGGUGUCAUCAGCGGUCCUCACGACAGCCAACGCCGCGACGCCUUCGCCGGGUCCACCGGGCAGGAGCCUUCGAGCGGCCGCCGUUGGAAAUAGACAAAUCUCCGGCGGCAGCCCGGCCCAGGGCCACUACGCCGGGCCGCCCCGCCGCCAAUCCCCAGUCACGGGGACGGAUAUUUGCCUUUUUCUUGAAAUGACACGCGUCAACAAGACGUUUAAAAGGGCGACUAGGGCCUCGCCGGUCCGUCUCGGCUGGUCUCAUCUCCGGGGCGCGCGCUGCCUUUCUCCGCCUCGUCUUCACGUUGGCCGCGGAGGUCCUCCCCCUGCGGCGCUGGGCGGAGUUUCAUCCCGGACCAGACGCUCCUUUUGUCGGAUCGCUUUGGAGCAGACUCCCCGGGGCUUCAGGCACAAAGAAAGGGCACUUUGGAUGCAAGGACGGCCACCGAACCGCCACACGGUGUUCAGGAGCGUGCGGACUGGCCACCGGAACCUCGAGCCCACGUGA